CCUCCGAUAUUUCUUUACAAUUACUUAUCAAACUAACGUAGGUGGACAUCUCUAAUUCUAUUCUAUUAUAUUCAAUUUCAUCUGUUAUCACCAUUUUCUUACAAUUUUGUUCCAUUCCUUUUCAUUUUAAUAAUAUACAAAGAUAAAUUUUAGUUGCAUUAUUGUUGGGGGAGAAGUUGAAUAAUUGUGGGGGGCUACAUCAAUUUAGGUCUCUCCUCUUUGGUGUACUAAUCAGAAAAACUAAGACUUUUCUUUGUUUCUUUGCUUACUCUCACUUGUAUCUCUCAAUUCUUAUCCUGCACAUCGCUGCUCUACAAUGACCAUUUUUCCCGGAACAACGAAUUGAAGGUGGUUUUAUUCUUUAAUCUCUUUCUCUUUUCUUUUUCUUUUCCAAACUCAACACUGCAGGAGACAGAAGAAUGAUACUGGUUGAGUCAGUUGUGUCCUUCACAAUUGAAAGGCUUGCUGACCUCCUAAUCGAAGAGGCCAGUUUGUUACACGGCGUAAGCGGCCAGAUCAAAAAAUUACAAACUGAAUUAAAGAAGAUGCAAUGCUUCUUGAGAGACCGCGGAGAGAAAGCAAAAUGAACCUGGUGAGAGUAUAAAGAAUUGGAUAUCAGAGAUCAGAAAAUUAUCUUAUGAUGUUGAGGACGUGAUGAGAUUUGGGAGGGAAUUUUACUUCAGAUUACUAGUUCUACUUCGAAAGAAGAGAGGGAUGAGAUUAGGAAGAUGAGAGACGAAGAACUCGCGAAAAAGUUAUAUAAAGUUCAACAAGAGAAAAAGUGUUGGAUCGUCUUGGAUGAUAUAUCCGAUUCUACUUAAGAUCAGGACCGUUGGAGAAUUCACAAUCUGCAAUGAGUUUGAAAGAUUAGGCAGAGAUAUGGUUGCAAAGUGUUCUGGCCUACCUUUGGCUAUCAUUGUUCUUGGAGGUCUUUUGGCCACAAAGAAAACAGUCAAUGAAUGGAAGAUGAUACAUAAACAUAUAACCUCAUACCUAAUAAGAGGAGAGGUACUUGAAAGACAAUCAAGAAUAACUGAGGUUUUGGACUUGAGUUACCAAAGAAUAAGUUAAUUCAGUUGUGGAUGGCGGAAGGUUUUGUUUCAUCUCAUUGCGAGAUCGAAAGGGAUGAAACAAUGGAAGAAAAAUCGGUGGAGUACGUCGGCUUGCUUUUUUCUUGGAUCAACAUGUUGAUAAACUGAUUCCACCUGAUGAGCAAGUGAAUCAACACCUCAGAUCACUUGUAUAUUUCCAUGAUAAGAAAUGCCGAGUUGAAAGCUGGAAGCGCGUUAAAGCUGUUUUCGAGAACUUUAAACUACUUAGAGUUCUUGAUCUUGAAGGAGUUAAGGGACCAAAGGGAGAAAUGUUGCCUAAAGAAGUCGGAAAUCUUUUGGUUGAAGUUUUUGAGCCUAAAUUUGCAAACUGUCAAUAAAGUAAGUUGGGAUUCAACGGUUGAAAUUCUUAACAUUCUAUGGAAGUUGAAACGGUUGAGGCAUUUAUAUCUUCCGAAUUGGUUUGAAAAUGUUUCUGGCUUCCUGCAGCUUGAAAAUCUGAUCAACUUACAGACACUAGUAAACUUUCCUGCUAGUAAAUCUGAUGUAAAAGAUUUGCUAAAACUGAAAAACCUCAAAAAACUAGUACUCAACGAUCCGAGAUAUUUUCAGAAGUUCGCGGAAAGUUUCAGUUUAUGUAACGAAAAGUUGGAAUGCCUGGUAUGUUCGCGGAAUGGUUUUCCUAAACUGAAAGUUCUUGCGAUUCGCGACUUUUGUAAUUUAGAAGAGUGGAUGGUAGAGGAUCAAGCAAUGCCUUGGCUCUAUAGAUUGAGUAUCUUUGAUUGCAACAAGUUAAAGAGUGUACCUGAUGGACUAGAAUUUGUUGCUGGUUUGAGGGAGUUGGAGAUCAGAUGGAUGCCGAAACCAUUUAAGAAUAGGCUUGGAGUUGCUGGAGAGGAUUACCACAAAGUCCAACAUGUUCCAUCUGUUGUGUUUUUCAACUAGACAUGCAAUUUGAAAUCAUCAAAUACCAUCUAUAUGAAACACGGACACGCCGAAUACGCCUCCGACACUCACACGGCGACAUCGAUAAUAAUUUUAAAAAAUAAAUAAAUUAAAUAUAAUCACAAAUGUGUCGGUAGAUAUAUCUGACACGGACACGGACACACUUUUUUUAGAAGUGUUGGUGCUACAUAGGUUACAUGUCUCUUUCUUAAAAAUAGUUGUUGAGAUUGUUGAAUAUAGAAUCUCUUUAUGUUAUGUUUGGUGAAUGUGAAGUUAUUUUGUAAAAUUUUCUCUUACAAAUUUUUGCACUUCAUUUGCAGACA